UGUGUUCUGUUAUUUAGUACGGAAGAGCCUUGAUCAGUACAAAAAGGAGGGCUGACUUUGUGGACCAGCCUCCUGCAGCCUUGUUUGAGAGGGAGGCAGCAAGUGAGCCAGAGAAGCUGUUGGGAAUUGUGAGCGUUUUGUUACUGAGAUGGCCAGGUUGAGUAUGUGGCGGAGCCCUGUGGCGCGGCCCCUGUCCUGCAUGGAGGAGCCGGUCGCCUCGGGCGCUCGCAGCAGCAGCAGCAUGCCGGCGAUCCGGCAGUCGUACCCGGAGAGCAGCAGCAUCGUCCGGCCGUUCAGUGAGAUUCCUGGACUCUGGAAGAACGGGGUGGUCAACCUGUACAACUUCUGGAAACUGAAUGGCUUUAGAAACCUUCACCGUAUCAUGCUGCAGAACUUCAACACAUUUGGACCCAUUUACAGGGAGAAAAUAGGUUAUUAUGAAAGUGUAAAUAUCAUCAAACCAGAGGAUGCUGCAAUUCUCUUUAAAGCAGAGGGCCGCUAUCCUAAAAGGCUGAAAGUUGAACCAUGGACGUCAUACAGAGACUACAGGAACCGCAAAUAUGGUGUUCUCCUGAAGAACGGGGAAGACUGGAGAAACAACCGCGUGAUUCUCAACAAGGAGGUGAUUUCCCUGAAGAUGCUGGAAAACUUUGUGCCACUGCUGGACGAUGUGGGCCAGGAUUUUGUGGCCAGAGUUCACAAAAAAAUUCAACGAAGUGGCCAGAACAAAUGGACCACAGACUUGUCUCAAGAACUUUUCAAAUACGCUCUAGAGUCGGUGAGCUCAGUGCUCUACGGGGAGCGGCUGGGCCUGAUGCUGGACUACAUUGACCCUGAAGCUCAGCGCUUUAUAGACUGCAUCACACUCAUGUUCAAGACCACUUCCCCUAUGCUGUACAUUCCUCCUGCUCUGCUGAGGCUGGUCGGAGCAAAAGUGUGGCGGGACCACGUACAUGCGUGGGAUGGAAUAUUUAAUCACGCUGACCGCUGCAUCCAGAACAUCUAUAGGCAGCUGCGUCAGGAAACGGAAACGUCCAAGGAAUACCCAGGAGUGUUGGCCAGCUUGCUUCUGUUGGACAAGCUGUCCAUUGAAGACAUCAAGGCCAGUGUGACUGAACUAAUGGCUGGAGGAGUGGACACUACUUCCAUAACGCUCCUAUGGACGCUGUAUGAAUUAGCCAGACACCCAAACCUCCAGGAGGAGCUGAGGGCAGAGGUUGCUGCGGCUCGGACUGCAAGCCAGGGGGACAUGCUGGACAUGCUGAAGAGGAUUCCUUUGGUCAAAGGCGCUCUUAAAGAAACACUCAGGUUGCACCCAGUUGCAGUAAGCCUGCAAAGAUACAUAGCUGAAGACAUAAUUAUUCAAAAUUAUCACAUCCCAGCUGGGACCUUGGUCCAGUUAGGGCUUUAUGCGAUGGGCAGAGACCCCAAGGUGUUCUUCCGUCCGGAGCAGUACCUUCCGUCUCGCUGGCUGAGGACCAAGACGCAGUACUUCAGAAGCCUGGGCUUUGGUUUCGGUCCCCGUCAGUGUCUGGGACGCAGAAUAGCCGAGACGGAGAUGCAGAUCUUUCUUAUCCAUAUGCUUGAACACUUCCGAAUUGAGAAGCAGCGCAAUGUGGAAGUGCAGAGUACGUUUGAGCUCAUUCUGUUGCCAGAUAAGCCUAUAAUAUUAACUCUGAAACCUCUGCAAGUCAGUCAGUAAAGCAUUUAGGAAAUUUCUGGUGCAUGUGAAGCUGUUCUCUUUUAAGUAGCCCCUUUUAUGGGCUUAUAAAAGGAUUGCACUCUUAAACGUCUUAAAUUCCUUAUGAAAAAACAAAAAAUGUUACCUCAGAGGUUCAGUAGUCAUAUUUGCUGUACAUAGCUUAGUAAAUACUUUGAUUUAACAGUGGAUUGUUGGUCUGUGUAACCAAAAACUGGAUUCCAUCUCAUUACUGUAAUAUAUUUAUGUAUAUUUGUUCAAACCGAUAAGGAAUAAAUAGCAAAACGGAUACACCGUCUAUGAAACA